ACCAGGACUCUCCACCUACAGUGUCUUCAGUGCCCGUGACAGGCAUUUACACCGCAGCCGACGACAGCUCAUCGGGCAAGUUCUUACAGAGCGCUCGAUGCGUGUCUUGAGCCGACCAUGAUCGAGCAGGUCGACAUCUUUUCCCGAAAUCUACUUUCAAAGUCUCAGAGCUCAACUCCCGUCAACAUGAGUGUGCAUACACGACGACUGGGACUCAACAUUGCCGGCCUUCUCGCCUUCGGCUACGAUUUGUGCCUACAGACCAGCGAUGAAAACCAUUUCAUGGAGACGGUCAUGGACACGGGAACCUUUUUCAGUAACCUUUGGCUGCAUUAUCCUCCAGGACGGAGAUUCAGGCUUGCGUUUCUGAUGUUGUCACCGUUGAUGUAGCUGCGCGAGAAGUAUCUUGGUCUGAUCGAGACGAUGAUCACUUCCCGCACCGCCGUGCCUAAAGACGCAAAACAUGAUCUCUACUCAUUCGUGGCGGAUGUCCUAGAGGCCAAAUCAGAAGGUCUCCGUCAGAGCGAUCUCUGGGGAGAGGCUAACAUGUUUCUAUCUGCCGGUCAGUAGUCCAUCCGUAUGAAUCUCUGUACUUAUUAAGAUCGGUGGCUUUUC